AUGGCCAUUUGCACCUAUUACCAGCAGGGAAGGUGUAAAUUUGGGGAUCGAUGCGCCUAUGAGCACCCAAAGAAUCAAGGUCAAUUUGGACUCGCUACUGGAAAUAGGUUCGGGGUCCUACAAUCUGGUGGGAACAAAUCAGGUGGCGGCUUCGGAGAUGUUUUCCAUGAAUCUGUGACGAUCUUAAGGAUAGAGAAUAUCCUUACCUUUGGCAGACUCAUGGUGACAAGCAAGACCCAAGAGAAAAAUGGUCAAGGUCGGCCCCAAUGGAUCUUCUCGGCUUAUGGGCCUGGAAGGAAUGCACCAGUCCAGCUCUUUGGUGGGCCUGAAAGAGAGCAAAGUUUCGAAGAAAUGCGAGCAUUGCAUUAUGCUGCUGUGGCUGAGGGGAAGCCACAGGAAGCCAUACAAAAUGCAAAUAAUCUGUUUGCAGCUACAGAGGCUCAGAUGAAGAAUAUCAUCAACAACCUGGAUGCUGCGAUUCAGUAUGUGAUUGACGGAGAAAAUCAGCACCCAAAUCGGCAUGACAUAGUAAAUGGGAAGACUACCACGGUUUCCUCAUCCAAUACCCAGCCGAACCCAUUUUCUCAACAGCCCCAGUCUCAGAACCCCAUCCAGCCUUCUCCUUUUGGCACUUCAAGUUCAUCUCAACAAUCUACGGGGCUAGGGAGCACUUUUGGGAAGCCGACGAUGCUAGGCCAGCAGCAAUCACAACAGCCUGCCUUUGGUACACCUUCCUUCGGCACCCCGUCCCUUGGUGCACCAGCAUUCGGCACCCCCUCGUUCGGGCAACCGUCCGCCAUCGGAAGCUCUCCUUUUGGCCAAGUUGCUGCUUCUGCAAACCAACAGCAGCCAAACCCCUUUGGAAAGCCAGCUUCCUCUCCAUUUGCCCAAGCCGCUCAGAAUACCAAUCCAUUUGGUCAGCCACAGGCCCAGACCGCCCAACCACAGCAAAGCUCUCCAUUUGCGCAACUCCAAAGCUCAGCCCAGUCACAACAAGGCUUUGGAACAAACCCAUUCGGCUCAGGUGCUCCACUAAACCAGCAACCAUCAACUCCAGCGCCAUUUGGCCAACCUUCUCCAUUCAAGGGUGGAAUCAAUACCGUUCAGCCUCAGGCCAACGCGGUUAACCCACCGCCGCCUAGUGGUCCUGUCCUUCCGGUGAAAAACGCCAACGCCAACCUUAAUCCCCUACCUAAGACGUCAGGACAAACAGUGCAGGACCCAAUGACCAAAAAGCUCACAGCAUGGAAAGGCCUACCGGUUCAGUAUAUCGAUAACGAGCCAUGCUAUCAACAUCCAGAUGAUCCGCAAUUCUAUGCUCAUAUCUUUUUCCCAGAUGGCCUGCCAAAGGCCGAUACAUUUAAGUACUCAGUGGCAGCGCCAGGAGAGUAUACCCCAGCCGUGGAAGAAGCUUAUAAGUACGCCCACGAAAACGGAGAAUUCAAGGAUGGGUUGAUGCCUUCUGUACCACCAAAACCGGAAUGGUCAAGAUAUGACAUUUGA